CAGCCUUGCUAAGUAGCAGCAAUGAGACAAACUAUCAGGAGGGGGAUGGGACAUUCAGUUGGAAUUGCUAACUGUGCCAGAUACACAGCCAAUCUGUGACAGAACUGCUUGUACAUACUUCCAACCUGUUACUGGCCUGUGUCAUAUUGCAGGCUUGUGGAAGAUUGUUCUCCACAGGCUCACUGGAUAAGAAACUCUAUACCUGCAUACAAGACUGAGUGGCAGAAGGCAAGACAGAAGAUUGCUGGAUCCUAGCCUAGCACCGAGUGGUCUGUUCACCAUGAGCACGCCCAUUCCUGUAGCCAAUGAGCAUGCGUCAGCACUGCUGAACGUUGGGGGUGUGAAUCUGACAAGCAGCGCUGUGGACGAUGGCAGUGUGACGAAGGACUGGCAGCUUAUUGAUUCCUGGGUGAGUUCUGAUACCGUAACCAGCCUUGCAGACCUGCUGCUGUCCGAACCUGACUUCAGGAUGUCAGAGCAGCUCCAUCGCUACCUUACUCCUGUGCUCAUCAUCAUUGGAAACUUUAGUAAUCUUUUGGCACUUCUUGUUUUGAGGAGAAAAAACUUGAGGCAACAUUCAGCUUGUUUUUAUAUGUCUGCAUACGCAAUUGCAAACUUGUUGGUAUUGAACUUGGUGUCUGGAGUAGCAUGGUUGUGUUACAUACUACAGAAGCCAUACAUAGCAACGCUGAGUGACUGGGGAUGUGGACUGUGGACAUUCAUGGCCAAUGUUAUGAUAUACAGUGGGAUAUGGUUUGUGGUAGCAAUGACUAUUGACCGCUAUGUUUUACUUUGCUAUCCAAACAAGGCACUGACGAUGUGUACAGUUUUCACAGCAAAGGUCUCCUCAGUGUUCAUCAUGAUAGGUCUGGUUGUCAUCAGUGUGCAUGCAAUGUGGACAUACCAACUGCAGGAACAUGGCUGCUUCAUCCCCUACCACAUGAAGGACCUGCAUAUUCUCAUCUGGCCCUGGAUGUCAGCCACUUUCUACUCCUAUCUCCCACUACUGCUACUCUUCCACCUUAACAUCUGCCUGAUGGUAUCACUGUGCCUAAAACGCCAUCGCUUACGCCCGACUAUUCAAGCCGAUGGUGGUGAUGACUUUAUCGUCAUCACUCUUAUCAUUUCCAUGUCCUUCUUUGCACUGGCUGUUCCUGCAACCAUCAUCAACCUCAUCGAUAUCCAUGCUCCAAGCUCCUGGCUGAAUGCAAAGCUUAUUGCUCAGAUAGAACUCACAAAGAAAGUUACAGGAAUUCUCUCAGCAGCUAAUCAGGCAGUACUGGGAUAUCUCCUCCUUAUUUGCUCAAAGACUUUUCGCACAGAGUUCGCCAGAUUUUUCACAGAUCUGACCAUAAAACGAAGGCCUAAAGUAUAUGAGAUGAGAAAUAUGAGUGGAAACGAUGAUUCCAGUAGGAUCCAUGUCGAGUAUGAAAUCUGCAGCGAUGGAACCCGGGCUAUCACCACAACGCUAUGAAUGUCUAUUGUCACAGCUCCUGUAACUUCAAUGACAGCAUUCAAGGCAUUGUACAGUGUUGGAAUGUGUCAAAUAUGUGGAAUACAACCAUGAGGUCUGUGAUUGCAUGGAUGGCUUCCCAAUACUGGACAUAGGAAGUGUGAUAAAUUACCUGGUGUGACUGGAUCAACAAGGUGUGUAUCAAUAUGAUAGCGGCAAGCAUUAUAAAGACAUAAUUGCUGGUGCUAAAUCUGUAAGUUGAACACAAAAAGACUGAGGAUCAUCAAACCUCAACCUUAACUUGUCAUGAUUGUGUACAAAGAAGAUCAAUUAAAUGCAUGUUAUGAAAUUUAAUGAAAUGAGGACAUCAUUCAUGCUUGAAUCCAUGUGGCAAACUAAAUUAUUUUCUGCAAAUAAUGAUAUACUGUAUAUAAGCAUACAGAAAUGCACAACCUAAUGACAACACAAAUUUCCCUCGUACAUUUCAGUAUGAGGAAGAAAUAAAGUUACAGUUACAGAUUAUGCAACUGAAAAUGAAGCUGAAACAUGUAGGAGGGACAUUUGUGUUGUGUCCUUACGUUGUGGAUUUCUAUAUACAUGUAUGUACUACUGUAUUGAAAAGGAUCUCUCCCUUUCUCCAGCUCUCUCUGUAUACACACAAACCUUGUUUGUCCUGUUAGGCUGACCAUCAAUGGGAUUCUGUGUUCAUUCUGUGAUCAUACACAACAGGAAACUAGGGCUAUAAACCAAUCAAUGAACAACACCAUUUAUUUACUUAAGCCAAUUGGUUCAAUCAGUACUGAGGCAGAAACAACUCAAUAUCACUAAUGUGUUCACUCACCCAUGCCAUUACAAGCCUAGACUUACUCAACAGAGUUCUAAUGAUCCAUUUCUAUCAAUUGAUUUUAUAUACAUAUCAUAAAAAUCGGCACUGACAGUUAUAUACAGUUACAAGUCAGUUCAACUUGAAAAACAUUUCUUUCAAUUUUUGUGUGGUUUUGCUGCAACAUGUGAUAGGCACACUAAACUCAAGCAGCAGGUCCAAUAGACAUGUAGCCCCAAGGAAUCAAUACGGAGGUGCCUUCCGCUCAACACUAAUAACAAGGAUUGCAAUUCACUGAUGCACUCCAACUAGAGUACUGAGUAUAUAUCUUGUAUUGUGUGGGAAUUUGUCUAUCAGUCUGUGUAUUAAAUAAAUUCACAUGUGUGAUUCCGUGUC